UUGACAAUUAAUAAACACGAAAAUAAGAAACCGACAGAAUUAAGUUAGUGUAAGUAUAAAAAUAAUGGCAGAAGACGCUGGAGAAGCAAAGUCAAUUCCUGGAGAGGCAGUGAAAGAAUUAUAUUACCCUUUAGAGGAGGUCAUAGUUGAAAAAAGAUUAACUUUUGAGGAAGCUGCAAAAUGUCUUAACACUUUGGGAAAAGACGAAAGUGGCAUGCGCUAUGCCUAUCUAAUGAUCACGGCUACCGACAGGAAAUUGACCCAUGUCGACAUAAUUCUCAACUUCAAACAUGUUUUGUUCAUCGACAUAAGUGGAAAUUACUUAACGUUGGAUAGUUUACAAAUUUUAACGAACAUGCCUUUUCUGAUACUACUCAAAGCAGAAAGAAAUCGCAUGCAAUCAGCUGCCUUGAAACCCGCUCCUUACUUGCAGUUAGUUAUAAUGAAAGUACUGUAUAACGUUACAGAUAAUCAGGUCUAUAAUGUACAGUUUGUAUCGGAAGGACUUCCCGAACUUAAACAAUUGGAACUAAGGGGGAAUUUUUUACCUGACUUUAGUGGUUCCUUCCCGACGAGCAUCGAAAAGCUUUACAUGGCAGAAAAUAGGAUUAGCAAAAUAAUAUCAAUUGAUGUAUGCUAUUUAACGAAUUUGAAGAUACUUCAUUUAAGAGACAAUCAAAUAAAAAAACUGAACGGUUUUACUGAACAUCUUGUUAAUUUGGAGUACUUAAAUUUGAGACAGAACAGAAUUACGAAGUUCAGGGAAUUUCGCAAACUGCAAUGCCUUCCAAAAUUGGAAACUUUAAUCGUUAUCGCAAAUCCUGUAGCUGGGGAAGAGAACAAAAUGGCCGGGGAAGAACCAGGAGAAGAAAUGUUCGGGGAAGACCAAGGACCUACGGAUCCUGUCAGAAUCCCUCUCCUGGUGCUGCUGCCAAAUCUGAAAAGAAUAAACAAAAUGCCUGUAGCUGUUUCAGAAAGAGAAGAUGCUUACAGAAUCAGAGACGAGAAGUACACUGAAAUAAUGGCUGAAGAUAACAAACAGAAUUUGAGCAUCAGCACUGCCGUGUACAUGCGUCACUAUCCGGUACCCGACCGGAUCCUAAAAAAAGUGACAGAUCCGCCGGGUACCGCAUGUAAACCGGGUACCCAUCCUUCCUACAUUGUAAACUACGACUGGUAG